CAUCUUUUUAGGUUAGGGCCAUUCUUUUCUUCACGAACCCCAAGUGGGCAUUCUCUCACUGGCUAUGCCUAUAUCCUCACCUCUAGCCAUAGCGAUCAUACACUCGUGGCCAAUAUGUCGCGGCGCUUACUGAGCUCCAAAAGUUUGCAGAUAUGUUCUGGCGCGUCCAGCUUAAACCUUGGUCUUCGUCAGACCUUUAUAAAUAAAGUAAACAGGAACUCUAUUCCAUUAGGCCGGAAACAUGAGAUCAGAUCUCAGUCAACAACUCAAACUCGUGGAUACAGCACCACGGGGCGAGGCUCUGUUCCAUGGCUUAGAGUCCAAUCUUCACCAUGCCAGAUUUCGAUAGGACAUAAAAGAGGACUAGCAAGCGAGGCACAGAAAUUUUUCUUAUUAGUCCGACCGAGGGACGAUGAUACAUUAUAUAUUGGUAAUCGCAAUGAAAAACCUCUAGUCUUGGAUCGCCACUGGUUGCGCGACUCUUGUCAAUGCAGCCUCUGUGUAAACCCAGACUCCGGCCAGAAAAAUUUUGGCACUUGCGACAUCCCGACCGAACUCCCAAUAAAAACAAUCAAAACGACCAAGGAAGGAGGUCUUAGAGUCGUUUGGGAGGAUGAUUUUCUAUCCGGUAACCAUGUUUCCGAAUACACAGCUAAUCAGAUUGAUGCUUCGGAACCCGAAUAUGUGUUACCCGGAAUAACAUUAUGGGACAAGGAUUUAUUCGAACGGGACCGUCUCACUAUUGAUUAUAACGACUGGAUAGCAGGUGAGCAUGGGUUUUUCUCCGGAUUACAUCGACUUCAUACCCACGGACUAAUCUUCAUACGUAACGUACCAUCAUCCGAGGAGUCGGUCAUAUCUAUUGCCAAUAAGAUCGGAAACCUGCAAGAAACAUUCUAUGGAAGAACUUGGGAUGUACGCUCUAAGCCGAACGCAGAAAACGUAGCGUAUACAAACGCCUUUCUCGGACUACACCAGGACCUAAUGUACAUGCAAGAUCCGCCUCGUCUACAACUCCUACACUGUCUUGAGAACACAUGCGAGGGAGGCGAGUCUAUGUUUAGCGACGGCUUUAGAGCCUCCCAUUUAAUGGAUCUUGGGCCACCCAUGCUCUUUGAAUAUCUGCUCAACAAAAAGGUCCGAUAUCAGUACAAGAAAAACGGACACCAUUAUCAACUAUCGCGACCCGUCAUCGCCAGAUUAAGCAAAUUCAAGCACGAAAUAGCCUGGUCUCCACCGUUCCAAUCCAGCUACCAACGCAUAGCCAAGACCGCGAGUGGUAGCCAAAAUUAUCGCGAAUGGCUAGAAGCCGCAACCAUAUUUCGAACGCUCCUAGAAGACAAGCAUUGGAUGUACCAAUACAAGAUGCAGCCUGGAGAGUGCGUUAUAUUCGAUAACCUCCGCGUCCUGCACGGUCGGAGGCAGUUCAAUUCCGGGUCCGGGAGUAGGUGGUUGAAAGGGGCAUAUAUUGCAAAUGACGUGUACAAAAGCAAAUUAGCCACCUCAAGUAAAAGACUACUAGAGUUGGACGUAGGAAAUCAGCUCGCCUUGCUAUAUCAGGUUUCUAAGUUCAACAUCAAGUACAAAAUAUGGGACGGGACCGACGACGAGAUGCUGAACAGGAGGAUAAUAAACCGGAUGUCGCAGGUUGGAGUUGAAAUAGGUGGGAGGACCUAUACCGAAGCGAAUGGUGCUACGAUUGAGUACUAUUAGAUACGGAUAUGACCAUGUCGAAUACCCAGGAAGAGCUUCGAGGAUUACCCAGCAUCAAAUCAUCAACGCUGAAUAUAGCCUAUUAUAUCCGCUGAUGUCCUCAAUAAACUAUAGGUACCGAUAACUUUACUCGCUGAAUUUUAACAAGAUAAACUAC